GAUUUUGUCAUCAGCGAUUUUUAAGUAGGGGAAUAUAAAUUGAUUUGAAGAAAAAAAUAAAGAAAAGUUUAUGAAAACUAUUAUAACAAGAGUUUCCGAGAUUGUUAUAUUAAUAUAAUUGUAUGCAAAAGCGCAACAAUGGCCAAAACUUACGAUUAUCUUUUUAAAUUAUUAUUGAUUGGUGAUUCUGGUGUGGGAAAAACUUGCAUUUUAUUUCGUUUUUCGGAGGAUGCCUUUAAUACGACAUUUAUAUCGACAAUAGGCAUAGAUUUUAAAAUACGAACUAUCGAAUUAGACGGUAAAAAAAUUAAAUUGCAAAUAUGGGAUACUGCUGGUCAGGAGCGUUUCAGAACAAUUACCACCGCUUAUUACAGAGGUGCCAUGGGUAUUAUGUUGGUCUACGAUAUAACUCAAGAAAAAUCCUUUGAAAAUAUCAAAAACUGGAUACGUAAUAUCGAGGAAAACGCUUCUGCCGAUGUAGAGAAAAUGCUUUUAGGCAACAAAUGUGAACUAAAUGAAAAAAGACAAGUUUCUCGAGAACGUGGUGAACAAUUGGCUGUCGAAUAUGGUAUUAAAUUUAUGGAGACCUCUGCUAAAGCUAGCAUCAACGUUGAGGAGGCUUUUCUAACUUUGGCUAGUGAUAUUAAAGCAAAAAUGGAAAAACGAAUGGAGGCAAAUAAUCCCCCUAAAGGCGGUCAUCAACUAAAACUUAAUGAACACAGAAAAACAGAUAGCUGGUUGUCAAGGUGCAGUCUACUUUGACGAGGUAAAUACAAUGAUGAAUGUAGUUUUCUUUCCUCUUGUUAAGCGAAACAAGAUCAUUAAAAAUUUCUAUGUAAAAAUAACGAUGAAAAUA